CGAUAAGAAUAAUAACAACAACAAUAACAACAACGACGACGACGACAACCAUAAUGAAAAGAACAAUGACGAAGACGAUGAUUAUUGCUCCUUUCGAUCUUCGAUCAACGAGGAAGACAAAACCUACGAUUUUACCUAUCGUCAUCGAGGAACUAUCGUUUCUUCUGUGAUACGCGAUAGGGGAGUGUGUUGUGUAUCUCGAACAUUGCGGCCAAUAAUAAAAUACCGACUAACACACACGAACGACGUCUCCGUCCUCCGUCGGGACUCCCUCCCCCCACCCCCCGCUUUUGAACCCUCUCCCCCUGAACGGAUUUACUCGUCGUACUAGAGCGCGCGCGCGCGCGCUCUCUCCAACCUUCUUACGGGAGUGUUGUGUGGUGGUGGUGGUGGUGGUGGUGGUGGUGGUGGUGGUGUUGUGUGUUAGUUAAAUAAUAGUAGUGAUAGAAGCAGUAGCAGAAGUAGCAGCAACAACUAGCAGUUAGUAGUGAUAAUAGAGGCGACCUCUCCCAGCAUCAUCCUCAUCUCGAUGAGUAGCUGCCGGCGCUGUUAAAAGAGUUGUCUCGCGACGCGGUGCUGCCGUUGCCCGACUCGUCGUCGCCGCCGGCGUCGCCGUCGUCGUCCUCCUCCUCCUCCUCCUCCUCCUCUUUCUCCUCUUCCUCUUCCUCCUGUUUCUCCUCUUCCUCCUCCUGGUCGUCCUCGCUGCUGCUACCGCCGCCACCGCCGCUGCCUCUACCUCUGUCUCUACCUCCGCCUCUACCUCUGCCUCUGCCUCUGCCUCUGCCUCUGCCUCCGCAGCUGCCGCCGCCGCCGUCACCACCGCCGCCGCCGCUGCCGCCGCCGAGGAGGCAAAGGCCACUGUGGUGGUGCCUCGGUAUGGAGAUCGAGGCGAAGCAGAGGAAUCAAAGGAAUCGGAGACGAGAACGAGCCCUGCGUAUGCUGGCGCAGAGGGAAAACCUCGUUAAUGCCAAGCAGCAGCAGCAGCAGCAGCAACAGCAACAGCAACAGCAGCAACAACAACAACAACAACAACAGCAGCAGCAGCAGCAAAAUCAACAACAGAGUCAACAUCAGAAUCAACAACAACAACAUAGUCAUCAACAGCAGCAGCAACAGAGUCAACAAAGUCAACAGCAAACGAUUAGACAGAGACCACCCAACGACGAGGAAGAUAGUCAUAGUGGCGAGGACGAGGAUAAUCAUCCAGCCGUCGUUGUCGGUGGUGGUGGUGGUGGUGGUGGUGGUGGUGGUGGUGGUGGUGGUGGUGGUGGUGGUGUUGGUGGUGGUGGUGUUGGUGGUGGUGGUGGUGGUGGUGGAGGAGGUGGAGGUGGUGUUGUCGGUGGUGUUGGUGGUGUUGUCGGUGGUGGUGUUGGUGGUGCUAGUGCCGGUACUGGUACUGGUGGUCCACUUGGAUUAUCUGGACUUGGUGGACUAUCCAGGAACGCGCAUUCUCGCGACGGUGGACACUCGAGGCCACCUAGGCCACCUCGACCUCCCAGACCUAGGAAGAAGUCUUCCCUAGCCGCUGCCGCAGCCGCCGCGGCAGCGGCCACCAAUAAUCAGAAGGAACCUCCCUUCGAGGAAGACAUCAUCGACGGAUUUGCCAUCCUCGCCUUCCGCACCUACGAAGAACUCGAGAGUGCAAUAAAGCUAGCUGGUAAAAAUAAUGUAAAGAAGCUGCAUACGUUGCUGUCAAUAGUGGAUGAAAAACCAAAGCUGGAUACUGGACAAAACAAUAGGCACAACGAGCACCAUAUCAAAAACCAUUUCAAGCACAACCACUAUACGCAUAAUUCCAUAUUGACACCGUCGACGCUCAAUCAGGGUCUAGAUGCAGGUACAAGCGACGAUAGUGGUAGAGCGUCUGAACAAUUGCAUGGCCCUGGUAUACCUAGGGAUUGCCAGGACGCAGACAGUUCCAGGGACCAUCUCAGCGAUGCUAGCAGUCAUUGCAGUUCGGGUAAAGGUUAUAUCUGUGAUAGUGAAGGAGAAGACGAUAAGGGCUCGGAUGCAGAGUCGAUACUCUUUGAAUCUUCUACCCCACCACCCCUUGCACGUAAAUACGAGCUGCCAUCUUCUUCGCCGCACGUGUUGCCUCCAGCGAACGGAGCAGGAGGGUCUCCUCCGGACACGGGCGGACAAAUUUCAAAUCCUGCAACGGAUGCACCGGCGCCUAUACCACCUCCAGUGCCAGCAUCUGCACCAGUUCCAACCGCACCGAGUCCUCCUAGCCCAACAUUACCCCCACACAUAUCCCAACCACCGAUGACUAGUCCAUUGGCAGCCAAUCCUCGUGCAAUAGCUCCGCAACAACGACCAGCUUCGCCUGCUCUGCCACCACCUUCCUUAUCCCAGCAACCUCAUACUACGAUACCUGCAUUGCAUCCACCUAAUGUGCCCCUCGUUUCAUCGAGCCAUACUACUAGUCCGGCGGUAGCUAAUUUAGGUGUUGCUCCAGCGGCACCAUCAAACGGUGCUGCUACUACGAGCUAUCCACCACCAAUACCCAUGGCCGCCUAUCCUCAAACACAACCGUCGUAUCCACCGCUUUAUACGCCGUACACAGCUCUAAAUCAUAGUCCGUAUCUCCCACCUGCGGUACCGUCUCCUUCCCAUUCCGCUUCUUCGCGUACAGACGUGAGAGGAAGUAGAGCCUCCCCUUGUACUAACAUAAGUAAGCAGACUAUAGGAAAUAACAUCACAAGUCAUAAUAAUACUCCUCUUAGCGCGGCUACUACAACAUGCGUGUCCACCAUAACUAAUACAGUUACCACGGCGAAUACCAUUGCUCACAGAGAUAUGGUGGCCUGUAGUUUGUCUGGAAGAAAUAAUAAUAAUAAUUCUCCGCGUGGACAUAGUCCUAGUCGAGAGAGAGACAGUUAUAGUAGCAACGUGAGUAGCCUAAGUAGAGGCAGCAUCACACCUGUAAGUGUGCCAAACACGUCUUCACCAGCUAAUUCUAGUCUACCUGCUUACACCAAACCACAGGGAUGGAUUGGUAGCAGCACAACCUCGCAGCUCUCUCCAGCAACGGCAACGUCAGUACCAAGGCCAACUCCUCCACCUGUACCACCACUCGGAAUACAUACGUUUCCACCGCCGAUGUUUGCAGCUCCGUUACCACCGCCUGUCUCUAGUUCCAGUCCGCAUACUUCACUUCCUUCACUUCCUCCACCUACGACCAACCCCAAUCCGUUUUCAGCAGAAUCACUUUUUCAAACAAGGGUGACUCAUGUCGCAGGUCAGGCAGACCUGUUAAGGAGAGAGCUGGACAAUAGAUUUUUGGCCUCUCAAGAUAGAAACGUCAGUGUAGGAGUUGGGAAUUUGGGUCCACCGCCGUAUCUUAGAACGGAAAUGCAUCAUCAUCAGCAUCAGCAUACGCACGUGCAUCAACAUACGACACCGUUGCUUCCACCGGCAGCGGCUACGACGUUAUUUCCACCACCGAUUUUCAAAGAUAUACCAAAACUUGGCGGAGUGGAGUCUCCCUUUUUUCGAGGUAAUUUAAACUUGUCUGGAUAUUCCGGAUUCAACACGGGAAUACUUCAUCCUGGGAUUGGUCCUCCUUCGACACCUUUCGUACCUCCCAAUCAUUUAACAUCAUUUGCACCAAAGGUAAAAAAGAAGAGCGGAAAAUGGAAUGCAAUGCAUGUACGCAUCGCAUGGGAAAUUUAUCAUUAUCAACAAAAGCAACAAGCAGAAGCGAAAGCUGGAAGUGUUGUUAACACGAAAACUGAAUUGCUAAGACCCCCAAGCCAUCUAUAUCCAGGAGGACCCGCAAGUGGUUUGGGAAUAACCGCUCCUCCUAUGGCACCUCCAUUCCCAACUAAUAUGCCACCUGCGCAUCCUGCACCACCUCCACCUCAUCCCGUUGGCUUCCUAUCCACGCCAACUUCUCAUUUAGGAACUGGAAUGUCACCGUUCGGAAGAUAUCCUUCGACGUUUGGAACGCCAAAUCCAAACUUUCCAGGUCUGUCGAGUUUUCCUCCGGCGAGAGAAAUGCCACCUUUAAGUGGCCUGAGUUCUGUACAUGAUCCAUGGAGAGGAUUGCAACGCGCAUCCACUGGCUUUCCACCUACCACAGUGUCAUGGGGGUUGAAACCAGAGCCACCAACGAUCGACAGACGAGCUGAACUCGAAGAACGUGAACGUGAACGCGAACGCGAACGAGAACGUGAGAGAGAACGUGAACGUGAACGUGAACGUGAACGCGUUCGACGCGAGAGGGAACGAGAAAGGGAGGAACAACGAGAGAGAGAAAGACGUGAACGCGAAAAGGAAGAGAAGAGAAAGCAGCAGGAAGCUGCCGAACGUGAAAGAGAAAGACGAGAUAAGGAACGUCGUGAGAUGGAGAGGCGCGAGAUGGAAAGAGAAAGAUUGCUCCAUCAAAAUCGACAACACGUGCUGGUAGGAAGAGAACGUUCGCCGUUGAGAAACGGUUCGGCACCGUUAGAUGCUGGAGAAGUUCGAGUCAAGGAAGAACCACGUAGCAAAGACGACGAAGUAGUGAUGCUUCCAAGGCCAUCAGGUCCUGGUCCAGGUGGUACAUCGGGUACAGGUCCUGGAUCAAAUCCAUUGUCUGAUCCAAGAUAUCAUCACCCACAUCCGCACGCUUAUCUAACGAGGCAUCCGCACAGUAUGCCUGCACCACAUUCUAUGCCACGAAGUAUGCUUCCAGGCUUAGGUGCACAUCCGAUGCAACAUUUUCCACCACCGUCUGCGCCUACAGGUCAACCAGGAGGUCCUUGGCCAGCGGAUCCCUUUAGAGACUACAGAUACGAUCCUCUUCAACAAUUGCGAUAUAAUCCUCUAAUGGCUGCUGCCGCCUUCAGAGCAGAGGAAGAAGAACGAGCAAAACUUUAUGCAGGAUAUCCACCAGCCCCGGUUAAUACACUUAGAGGCAAAGAUCCUAGUCCUGGACCAUUAAGCAAUUUACAUAUACACCAUAGGGCUGGUCCUGGCCCAGGUGUACCGGCAAGACAACUCGAGCCUGCAUUAAUGCACGCAGACAUUCACAAAAAAGAGGACGCGUCGCAAUCCCGAUGAUACAUCCUCCCAACGUCCUCAGCUUCUGCAAGUGAACGCACCGAUGGCUCCACGUUUUGAACAAUUCGAGUUACAGACACUCUCUUUCUCUCUCCUUUUACUAUACAUCAUCGGUGCUGAUAUUUUGCUAAUGGAGAAGAGGCGCGUUUAUUAUUUAAUGUGGGAAAAGAAUGGAAAAAAAUUGUAUAUAGAUUAUGUAAUUUAUAGUUAUCAAAGAGAGUACGAGAGAACGUGUGAGUAGAAUAUUAUUGACUUGAGAUAUAAGGACCGUACGAUUAAAUACGGUGCUGCUUUUUUUUUGCCCGUGUCAUCGUCGAAGAGAGAAGAUCGAUCGCCACGGCUGCUGCUGCGCUCCAUGGUGGUAGCUGAAUAUGGCGAAGGAUUUUUCGCAUCGAUUCAUUUCGAUCAAGCGACACGUUAUGAUGAUGAUGGGGAUCCAUGCUAAAACUGAAGAGAGAAAAAAAAAACAAGUAAAAAAUUAUGUGAUUUCAGCGAUUUUGGGAAAUCUGACUGUCUAUAGCGAUAUCAAUUUUAAUUUUAAUUUUUAA